CUAUGGGUAAACGAACCUUUACGAGGGCUCCUGACGACCAUAAACGAUAUUGGCAAGAGAUGGUAGGGACAUACCUGCGGAACGAAAUGAAAUUGGCUCCUGAACUUCGACGUGACCUGAUAUUCUCGCUGGAGUUUCCUAGAAGCUAUGAACUAUAUGGCAAUAUGAGAGCUAAUGGAGCCUUUGACUACUACUUAAUCGGUUUUCAUAGAGACGGCUCUGUAGAAAAGUUUGACUCCCCAGCCAACUUUGUCCUACACGCCAAAUGGCUCGCAUACGGUUGCCCACCGAGUAUUUGCGGAUGCAAACCUUGUUCAAGAAGGUCGCAAAGAGAUAUUAGUAAUCAGCUGACGCUUGGGGGCGCAAAGAUAUCACAGCCGCGCGACGAAUCUACUACGACAAAGGCAUCCGCAGCUAGGAGAUUCAAGGAACAUAAAAAGCAGAUUGCUAGGAAGCCAUAUGAAAGGAUGUAAUCUUUAGAUACUAUGGGGUAAAUGCACUGAAGAAUUGUUUUGUGUAAUUCAAUACCAGCGGCUACGGGCAAUCACGUCAGAAACUAUUUAUAAACUUGAAACCCCCUUUUCUCAUAUGGACGCGAGUAGUGAAACUGGCUGAAAUAUACUUUUAUAAUGCCGAGACAAGCUUGGCUUAUGAAGAGGAGUGUUGGCCGGCAUUUGUGUUUAUCUGACAAAAUAU